CGAUUUUAUCUCAUAAAAUUGGAUGAAAAUGAUCAAUGCAAGCUAAAAUUAAAAAUUGUUCAUUAUUAUCCAAAAGACCUUUCAAUUGAUAUUGUGAAGUGAAUCAUCAUAAUUCAUAAUAGCCAAUGGCCUGAGACUUCUUGGCCUCUUGAAAAUGAUGGACAGCCCUGACGAAGGAAAUAGUGGAUCAGCGUUUGAGUUUGUCGCAGUUGAUGAAAGCACCACCUCCAAUGAACAACCAGUGGCGCAAGUUUCUUCCAGCGCGCAGAGGAAGAGACGCAAAUCUCCAGUCAAGACCCGGACAGUCCCUCCGAAAGUGCCAUCAACCUUCAGAUUCAGAAAUCUUCCAGUCCAACAGGAAAACAUGAUCAAUGAUGAUUUCGAGCCAGCUCCAAAUUCAUUUGCCUUUGUCCCGACCUUUCGGUUGGUCGAUUUGAAUAUGAUGGCCAAACUGCUGUGGUGCGAGGACUGCGCCUCUCCCGUUUCUCUGAGGUUCUGCGUUGAUGACAAGCAAAAGUUGUACAACUCCGAGCUGAAGGUCCUGUGCCACUUGUGCACCAAGGUCAUCAAGGUGCCCCUGACCAGACUGGGUGACACUGGAAGUCUGGACGCUUACAAGCAGCAAGCCACAAUAAUGAACCACAUCAUGGAGCAAAACUCUGACACAGUCAACAGAUGCAACGAGCUGAACAGGACUCUGGCAACCAUGGUGCCUGAACCAGCUCCGGACACACAAAUAGCUCAGAUCAAACUAGAUUCGCCAGACUAUUCCAUGCAAGACUCUGAGGAUGACUUUGAAGAAUAUGAAAGCUCCCCAUCACCAGAGUCGCCCGAAACAAUUAUCAAAUAUGAAGAAGAAGCGCCGCAAGAACCGGUGCUAACAAGGACAGGCAGGUUGGUGAAGAGAACUACAAAGUUUGGAGCUAGUCGCUACCACCUCAUUGAUUCUGAAGAGGAAAAGGGUGAGGUGGGAGAAGUUCCUAUGGAAGUGGAGGAAAAUUGGUCACCGGCAGAAUCUGACGAGCAUGACAGCGACGAAGACGAGUUUUGGGCCCCGGGAGAUGAAGAGUGGGACUUGGAAAAGCUACCUAGAGGGGGCCAAGAAAAAUGCCUCUACUGUGACGAGGAGUUUAGCCUGAUGAAAAAAUGCAUUGCCCACAUGAAGAAGUGCCAUCCAGAGUUUCUGCAGCGCAAGUGCCCCAUCUGCAACAUACAAUUCAAGACGUGGAAGAAGUUCAAAUACCACUACCCUACCCAUCAAUCCAGCAAGCUCAAGUUGUGCGCAUACUGCGGAGAAAUGGUCUACAUUAGAAGUUACAAAGUUCACAUUGCCAAGCACACCCAGGAACGAAAUUACAAAUGUCCUCACUGUCCAUCUGUAUUUCUAACGUCGAGCGGUUUGAACGGACAUAAGCAAUUGCACAGGCCAGCCAUGACCUGCGACCUUUGCUUGAAGGUCUUCAACAAAAAACCCCGUCUUGUUCAACACAUGACCAUCCACGUCAAGGGCAAGAAGUACAAGUGUGACAUUUGUCGUGCGGAGUUUCUGCACAAGGACAACAGGAACACCCACAGGAAGAACAACCACAACUACGUCUGUCUGAUUUGCUUCAGGCAAUUCAACUGCCACCCCGAUGAGGUGCAGUCGCACGCCGAAAACGAGCACUCGGAGGCCGAGCAAGAGGCCAACAGGGUCAACGGACUGCUCUACGAGCGGAUUACCCGUUUCCAGUGCACUGAGUGCAAAGUCUACAAGCCCUCCAACCAGCAACUGCAGAUACACCUGAGAAAGGUGCACAACAGGGUCAUUGAAACCCCCGAAGGUAACAAAAACAAGGGGAGGAAAAAGAAAAUUCGGGUGACGGAGGAAGAACCUAAAACGGCUGAAUAGGAUUAAGUAUAUUGUAUGAUUAUUAUUUAGACAUUUAAGUCUUUCCUCGUCAAAGAUGCAGUGAAAUUUAGUUCAAAAAAGUUGAGCUCUUAAGUUUUGUGCGAUUAUUGAUGGAAUUGUUUUUAUGAGGACGUAAAUCAUGCUGCUCUCGAAACGAAACCCGCGCACGCACACGUCUAAAACUUUUCUUGUAUGGUAGCUAAGCCAGGGGAUUCACAAACCAAUCAAAUUGCAGGCGUUCAAUACCCAAAUGUUCCUGCUGGUAUUAUUAUUUCCUAUAAUCGUUGUUUAUUGCAGUUGUAAACAAAGUACCGCAAUAAAAUUGGAUGAUUGAAAGCAGCUUUUUUGCCUUAUAAAUUGUCUCAAUAAACCU